AUGAUGGUGUCCCCAGUACGGCCGUCAAAGAAGCACUACGACAGCUCCUCAUCAUCGUCCUCAUACGGCUCCUUCUCAUCAUCAGACUCUGAUGUCUCAGCAAGCUCCGUACGAGCCAGCAUGGAGCGCCCCGUCGCAUCAAUCGAGGUCAUCCGCUGUCUCCGCUGUGCCCGCUGCGUGGAGAUGACAACAACGGACGAUGCCAGCAUGUACGGCAUGAUCCGGGUGGGGACUGGCAUCUACUACUGCGACAGGUGCGCCAGAAUGACAGGAUACGGAAAACAAUGGAAGAUUUACCCAAUGGCCACGGACCACAACCACACCAAACCUACCCUCGCCGACGAGGAGAUGGAAGCAUACCAAAGUGUGUCGACGAUGCCGACGACCCCCGAAAAGUUUGACCCCUCUGCUAUACCACUGUCAAUCAUGGAUGGACUUGGAGGCCUGAAAGGGAUCGACGAAUAG